AAGGAACACCCUCUCAGGCUCAACUAGAUUCUCAGAGAGCAGUGGACAGAUAACAAUCCAAAAUGCUGCAUCAUUUUCUGGUACUCUCUGCCCUUUGUGCCAUGAGCAUGACCAUGCCUUUACCUGAUUUUUACUCAUACUCCCCUGCUGCUGGGGAUGGCAGUGGAACCGAAUUUUCCACUGCACACGAGGGUCGCAUCACUGGAGUCAGAGUUUAUGAAUAUCCCCACUAUGGAUACUACUACAACAACUACCUCAAUGGGAUCCAGCUGAGAUAUAACAGUAACUGGACAGAAUUGGUUGGCGUGAACUCGUAUGGCAAUGAAAAAGAGAUGAAACUCUUCAACAAUGAACAUUUUGUUCAGAUCUCAGGAAAGUAUUAUUCUGGUUACAUCAGUGAGCUUAUGUUUGUCACUAACGAGGGGCGCUCCUUUAAAGUGGGGCAGCCUUACGGAAUUUCAUUCAACUUCUACCCAACCCACGAUGGAAGUGAACUACGCUUCAUCAGCGGUCGUCAGAAUGGAUUUGCCCUCACCUCCAUUGGGGCUCAUUGGGCUGUCUAUGACAAUUCCACUUCAUAAUGUCAGAAAUAUCUCACUGGUUACACAUUAUGUGUGUAUGUGAGGAAAAGGCCAGUUAACAAGUAGCGUGUUUUUCCUGAGCUCUUUAUGAGGGAUGAGAUUUUGGCACUUUUUUGAACUGUCAGCAUUAUUAGAAUGAUUUCUGGUUAAUAAUUUACUGAUCAAUUAAUUAAACACUAAGAAGACUGGAAUGAAAUUGUUUUAUCCCUAAUGAUGCUUUAAGGGCUUAUCCUUUAACACAAUGAUUCCUAAAGGUUCUUGUAACAAUGAUUUUAUCCUG